AUGGGAAUCUGCAAUUCUUAAUCAAAGCUUAAAAGAAGUGGAGCCUUUCAAUGUAUUCCGAUCGACUUUGAUAAAUUAAAGAAAUACAACAAGGAACGAUAAAAAAUUGAUUCAAAUAUUGGGUAAUAAGAAUCCUUUUGUCAUCUAAUUUGCUUGGAUGCCAACAAAAUCUCAAAUCCUUAAACCUAAACUUAAACUUAAAAUUAUGUCUAGACCCAGCAAAUUGAAUUAAAAUAAAAAUGA